AUGCGCGUUCCAGCCGAAGGGGGAUAUUUCCCAACUCUAGGAAUUUGUUGUGAAGGGGAAAAUAAUUGCUACAAUUUUGCUCCCGAUGCUCGAACCAUGUCGAGACGCAAGCAGGCGAAACCCCAGCACAUCAACUCUUCGGAAGAACCUCUGCAGCUUCCAGAUGCGGCAGCCUGCUCUUCGGUCGCCGCCGCCUCCUCAGCUACGACCCCAGCUGCCGCCGCAGCAGAACACGGUGGUCCACCAAACUGCCCUGGAGAUGGAGAGGGAAUAAGAGGAAGAGUUAAACGAUGUCGAAGUGAGGAAACUAAUAUCUGUGAGAAAUGCUGUGCAGAGUUCUUCAGCCUUUCUGAAUUCUUGGAACAUAAGAAAAAUUGCACUAAAAAUCCACCUGUCUUAAUCAUGAAUGACAGUGAGGGGACAGCACCUCCUGAGGUCUUUACAGAAGUUACCCCAGCCCCAUCAGAGAAUUUUCCAAUCGAUCGUUUGGAAAAUCAGGUCAAUAAGGACAGUCGUUCAAAGAAUUGCACUGCUUCUGUGGACAAGAAAGAGAAGUCUAGUGUGGAGGCAGGAGCCUACCUCAAAGCAGAACCCACGGCCCCUCCUACACCCCAUGGGAUAAGCUAUUUACCAAAAGGCAAAGUUCCUAACACUAAUGUGACUUUACAAACACUACGGGGGACCAAAGUAGCUGUGAAUCAGAGGAGUGCUGAUGCUGUGUCUUUACCAGUCCAGGGCUUUGGUACCUUCCCCAUGAUCCUAGAACAGCUAAUGAGUCUCCAGCAACAACAGCUUCAGCAAAUCCAGCUUACUGAGCAGAUCCGUGUGCAAAUGACCAUGAUGGCCACCAGUGGCCAGCACCCAUCAGUGUCUCAUGGUUCUGAGCCUUUGAAAACACUGGGCACUCAUAUGUCCCAGCAUCUCUCCACUGCUUUGGCUUUAGUUGGGCAAAAGGCUGGAAGCCAGAGCCUGUCACUAGAAUCCUUGAAACAAGGCAAACUACCUCAUGCCAAUAUAGGCAUCCCAACUGCUGGUUCAGUAGCCUCUAGCCUACCAUCCUUCUCUUUAAAGCCUGAUGGAAACAGGAUCCUUCCUAAUGCAAUGUCUCGUCUUCCAAAUCCUUUACUACCUCAGUCAUCGGGCUCAGUUCUUUUUCAGAACCCAUUCCCUGCAGUGUCUUCAGUGGCUUCUGUGUUGGACCCAUCCAAGAAAGGGAAGGGGAAACCUCCCAACAUUACUGUUUCUGAGAGCAAACCAAAUGCUGAGGAGCCCUUCUUCAAGCACAAAUGCAAGUUCUGUGGCAAGGUGUUUGGAAAUGAUAGUGCCUUGCAAAUUCAUCUCCGUUCCCAUACUGGGGAGAGACCAUACAAAUGCAACAUCUGUGGCAAUCGCUUCACCACUAAGGGGAAUUUGAAAGUUCACUUCCAGCGUCAUAAGGACAAAUAUCCCCAGAUAAAAAUGAAUCCCCACCCUGUCCCUGAACACCUGGAUAGCCUGACAAAUGCCAGUGGGAUCUCGUGUGGAAUAUCUGUACCCAUGGAUGAAUCAAAUCUGAUUGUGGACAGCAAACCUCCCCUGACCACCGGGACCCCUUCCCUAGGCUUACCUCAAACUCUCUCUUUGACCCCCAAAGACUCACUUGGUGCUUUUCCCAAUGAUCUACCAUCCAGGCCUUCCCCAGAGAGUGAAGGGGGUUCCACAUCUUCUGGUGUGACCAGUCUUGAAUCUGGGACAGAGCAGAGCUUGAGUUCCCCACAGGCUGGUAGUAGCAUUGGUAGUUUUUCAGGCAGUGGGGCCACUGAGCAGGGGUCUGAGACUUUGAAGUUGCAGCAGCUGGUAGAAAACAUUGAUAAGACUACCAGUGACCCCAAUGAAUGUAUCAUCUGUCACAGAGUUCUGAGCUGCACAAGCUCUUUGAAAAUGCAUUAUCGCACUCAUACUGGGGAGAGACCAUUCAAAUGUAAGAUCUGUGGAAGGGCCUUCUCCACAAAAGGCAAUCUUAAGACUCAUUAUGGAGUUCACAGAGCCAACACUCCUUUAAAAAUGCAACAUUCUUGCCCCAUUUGCCAAAAGAAAUUUACCAAUGCAGUAGUGUUGCAGCAACAUAUCCGAAUGCACAUGGGUGGCCAGAUUCCUAACACCCCUAUGCCUGAGAAUUCCUGUGACCAUGUUGAUAUGGAUCCAACCAUUAUCAGUGAGAAAAAUGGAGAUGCCACUGUCAAUUGCAUUGGUGAGACCAUUGAAAGCAUUGUUGAUAUGGAAGACUUGGACUCCCAGGAUGCUCCUAGUGGUUCAUCUAAGCCAUCUACUCCAUUUACUGAUACUCAGUCAGAAACACCAGCUGUGGCAUUUACUAGCAUCUCAGUAUUAGAGGCUCCAGGGAAAAUGGGCAAUCCGCCUCUGACCCUUCAGCGACAGAGUAGCCUGAAAUCAAGUUCUGCAGAAAGUGAUGGCAUGACCAAUGAUUCCUCAUCUGUAAUGGAAGAUCAAGAUUAUCAAAACGGCCGAAGUCCAGAGUCUGCAUCAUUCCAAGCGUUAUCUCCAGCAAAUAGUCAGGCUGAAAGUAUUAGGUCCUCCAAGUCACCUGUCUUAAUCAGUCAUGAUGACAUGGGAAAUAAGGCUGAAGGACCCGAAAACCCUCCAGCAGAAACUGAAGGUGAUGGUGCUUUGGAUUUAACUUAUGCCAAUGUUGGCCGAAAGGUUAUCAAGGAAGAGCCUGGGUUAAAUUUUACAAAUGGGGAGUAUGGUCGAAGUAGCAUUCCUGCUACCUUUGUCAGAGUGCCACCAGCCUUGAUCAAGACAGAAGCUUCUGGAGAGCGGCCCCUAAGCAAUAGCCCAUUUUCGGGACCUCCUGCCCUGUCUCCAGGGGUGGGCCCCUUGCUUGUGGCCCCACCCCGACGUACAGCCAAGCAGCACAUUUGUACCACCUGUGGAAAGAACUUUUCAUCAGCCAGUGCCCUUCAGAUCCAUGAGCGCACUCAUACUGGUGAAAAGCCUUUUGCAUGUACGAUUUGUGGAAGGGCCUUUACAACCAAAGGAAAUUUAAAGGUCCACGUUGGAACUCAUGUGUGGAAUAAUUCUGCCCGACGUGGAAGGAGGCUAUCUAUUGAUAACACAAUGGCAUUGCUGGGCAACGAAGUCAAGAAGGUAUCUGAGAUGUUUCCAAAGGAUAUAGUCCCUCCUGCAGUGAAUCUUGAUCCCACAGUUUGGAACCAGUAUGCAGCUGUGAUUAACAAUGGCUUAGCAAUGAAGACUAAUGAGAUAUCCGUGAUUCAGAGUGGUCCUAUCCCUGCCCUACCAGUUUCUAUCAAUGGUGGAGGAUCUGUAAUGAAUAAUGCCCCAGUCUCCAAGAUAGAUGGGUCACAGUCUGGGAUUAGCUCUGAUGUUAUGGAGAAAGCUAGUGCUACUGACAGUGUCCCAAAACAUCAAUUUCCUCACUUCCUGGAAGAAAACAAGAUUGCAGUCAGCUAAAAAUGGAAGCUGGAAUGCUGGUGGAACAAAUAAUACACUUUAAAAAAAUAUUCCAAACCAACAACUUCUGGGCUUUUUUUGUUUUUGUUUUUUUUUCUAUCUAUGUGCAAAAUGACUGUAGUUGUCUUUAAAUUCUGGGCAGCUCUACAAUCAUGGUGGUGUUUUGCAAAACAACAAUACAGAAUAGGAGUUCUUCUGUUUGGAAAGAUGCGGGUCUUGCAAAGUAGCUUUGUUAUUUAAACUAUAGUCUUCUACAAGCUAUAGGAGUUGUACAUCCAAAGAUUAGUAUUUUCCUCCAUUAAAGGUGCUGCUUAUGAGCCUUGUCAAUGAAGUGAGAAAAACAACCCUGAGCAGUAAUGGAAAAAAAAAACCAACCAAACUAUUUACAUGGGCUACUGUUUAUGCGGGUAAAUAUUGUAGAAGGUCUGCCAUCCUUUUUUUUUUUUUUUUUUUUUUUAGAUUUAGACUUGUUUGUGGGUUUUUUCUCACUCCUUGAAUGUACUUUUUUUUUUUUUCUUUACAAAAACUAAGGUUGUAGAAUGAGGACUUUCAACCUUUGCAUCUGAAACAAAAGGAAAGGCCUUUCUUUACUGGACUUGUUCACAGUCCUUAAGGAAUUUUGUGUGUUGGUUGCUGCUUAUUUAAGAACAAUUCAGCUAGCACCCCAAGAGUGCCAAAGCUGGCUCUUCAGGGUUCUCUCACCAUUUUCAUAACUGGUAAAGUUAUGACACUGAAGGGGAGAUUCCCCUCUGCACACCCCCUCUCCCCCUCCCCAACAAGGGGCUCUCAGGUGAUUUAAUUCAACUAGGCAGUGCCUCCUGCCUUUUUUUGGUGGGGGGAGUAAGGAGGGAACAGCAAUUCCAUUUGCUAUCAUUUGUUUCACUGUUAACUCUAAACACCAAGGUCAAUAAGGAUUCGGGUGGAUUGGACAAAGGUUUAUGGAUAUGGGAGAGGAGAAGAGUUCUGGAGCCUAAGCUUUAAUUUAUCUACCUCAUUUUUUUUCUUUUUAGCUGUAGUAUCUAUUUUUCUAUAAAUAUGACCACUGAACUGAAACUGCUUGUUCCCAUGCACUAACAAACAACCAAGCUGAUGUAUUAGUGGGAGCAGCUGAACUUGGAUGACUUUCGUCCUUGUAUCUGGUUUGUACAUGUAAUAAAAUGUAAAGUUAAAGAUUAACAUGACUAUAAAGUGACUCUUGGGGGAGGGAAGAAAGGAGACCCUGACUUGUGUUACAGGAUUUAGUGUUGCCCCCUAAUUAUGGAAAGGCCACGAACUGAAUGUGGAUCAAGAUUGCUAGUAGUUUGUGUUCAUCAGGUUGUGCACCUGAUCAUUCUUGCAUAUGAUCUUUUUGCCAAGUUGUGCCUUCCUUUCCUCCUGGAUUUGUGAGAGAACACAACAGUACUUGUUUACACUGUGAAGGGAUAUUGUUACAAAAAAAAAAACCACGCAAACAAAAUGGAUACCAAAGGCAUUGUCAUUGUCAAGUUUCUGCCUUGUGAAUGUAUGACCUGAGGAGAAAUUCUGUCAUUUCGUGUACCUGCUGAUGUGUUUCUGUUGUUUUUUGAAAAUAAA